ACGAUAUAUGGCCCUACUUCUUUAAGCAACAAGUUUAUUUAUAGAAUUAUAUAUAUCCUGAUUCGAUGGUUCUUUUUUUUACUUGUAUAAAUAAGUCUCAAUUGACCCCCAUUGUUCCCUUUUUCCAUUGUCUUACUCAAUGUUUAUUUUGUUGGCGCUCUACUUGAUGGCCAUCUUGAUGGCCGUUGUACCUGCUGAGGCCAAGAAGAGGACAUUUGAACUUAAUAUCCAGCCUACACUCCUCAACCCAGAUUGCUUCAAUCAGUCCUAUGCCGUAUUGACUGUCAACGGCCAAUAUCCAGCACCUACAGUUCGUGUAGUGGUAGGUGACACAGUUGAAUUUAUUAUCAAGAACAGCGGCGAGAGCAACGUGUCGACAAGCGUCCAUAUCCAUGGUAUCCUUCAAUUUGGCACAAAUCAGGCUGAUGGCGUUGCCGGAAUCACACAGGUGCCUGUGGCUCCAGGCUGCGAGUACCGCCAAGAAUUUCAGAUUGUCAAUCAAACAGGUACAUUCUAUUACCAUGCACAUGUGGGUGUUCAAGACGAUUCAAUACAAGGUUCCUUCAUCGUGUACGAGCGCGAAGAGUCCUUGAUCAAGGCAGAGAAAGAGAUGCUGUCAGAAGGCCUUAUUCAAGAGGGACCCUUUGAAUAUCAUGAAGAACGUAUCCUCCUGUGGUCCGAAUGGUGGCACCAAUCAAUGUAUGAUCGUCAAGCUUACUACACGAGUCCAACCUUUGACGGCGAUACUGGCCCUGAUAGUAUCCUGUUGAAUGGCAAGUCUGUCUAUGAGAACUGCACAAUGGAAAACUGCCCAGGGUUUGCCAUGAUUGAUGUAAAGCCAAACUCGAUCUACAGGCUCCGAAACAUUGGCGGACUGACCUUUCGAGUGCUCGGUCUCUUCAUUCAGCAUCACAACAUGACCUUAAUCGAACUUGACGGGGAGUACGUACAGCCUCAGUUGAUUGACCAUUUAGAACUGACACCCGGUCAACGUAGCUCGGUUUUGAUCCAAACCGGUAACUAUCCGGACGGUACUUUGUUUCCGAUCGCUUCAUUCUAUAAAUGGAGUUUCAAUUACCACAAGACGUACUCGCCCAGUGGGUUUGGGUAUAUCCGCUAUGUCAGUGACAAGACCAAGAGCGCAUCAGCCAUUCGCGUUACUGAUGCACCCAAGAAUCUCCCGAUCACCACUCCACCUCAAGAUCACGGAUGGAUCCUACGUGAUCUCAAGCCAAUCAACCAUAGUAAUCCUACAAUUCUUACUACAAGUCCCUCUCGCACAAUCAAGUUGAGCAUGGCUCAGGUCAAAAUGCCCGAUAAUACUACACAAUUUCAAAAUAACGGACGUGUGCAUAAGCCCUGGGGUAAUGAUACAGCAUCACUCUUGGACAUCAUCAAGGCUGACCCUGAUCCUGGCCCACUCGAUCCUAUCGACGGUUUCUCAGUUAAGCAUCAGACGUACCCCGUCAAACUCGGUGAGGUCAUCGAUAUCGUCUUUCAAAACAUGAAGAACGAAGCUGGCCUUUGCGUCACACAUCCAUGGCACACACACGGAUACUCACAUUACUUGAUUGCAGAAGGGCCCGGAGACUAUGACCAUGACGAACAUAAAAGUGUAUUUACGUAUCAGCAACCUUUGCUCAGAGAUGUGUCUAUGCAGUAUCUUUGGCCAGAUAUACCUGGUGAACGUCCUUGUGGUUGGAUCAAGAUUCGACUUUAUGCAAAUAAUCCUGGAGUUUGGGCAGUCCAUUGCCAUAUAACAGCCCAUAUGCUGCAAGGCAAGAUGGUUGUUCUUGAAGUUGUUCCAUAAAAAAAAAAGAAAAAAAGGCUUAUAGACCAUUGAUGUAUUAGUACUUCGUAUAAAAAUAAACAACAUCCUCCUUUUUUGUUAGACUGCA